GGAACCGAAACAAGCGAGCAAGAAAACAGUUUCCCCCUAAAACGAUCACGCGUAGCAAAAUCCGAGGGACGGGUUUCCGCCGCUCGGCCGUGCCGUCAGCCGGUGCUGCUUGCAUUCGCGUCGAGCCGCCAAACAGUGCCAUGGCGAAGGCUCCCGUCGGGGACCCGCUCCUGGUUUCCACCUUCGCGCUGAGCAGCACCAAGAAAAGGCUUAUGCUCUACGAGAACGGCAUCAGCGUCGCCGAUGUGAGCCGCCAUAGCAAAUCCGAGGAUGAGUUCAUUCCCAUGUCGAGGCUCGUGGCCGCCGAGGCCUGGCCCUGCUGCAGCGGCGGCUGCAGCCAGACGCGCGCCAUCAACGGUGGACGAGCAGCGCCGGUGAGCGUGAGCGCCAGCGCGGCCUGCCUCGUAACGUCAACGGCCGAUGGCGGCGGCACGGCGACGACGACGGCGACGGCGGGCUACGACGGUGGAGGCCGCGUGUCCCUGGGCGACCCCGCGCUGAGGCUUCACGUGGCCAAGCCCGUGCGCAGCCACUCGUGGUGCCUGCAGACCCUGGUGCUGCGGGGCGUUUCGGGCAGGAGCAGCGAUCACGCGCUGGCUCACCAGUGGGCCGACGCGGUGCAGGACAGGCUCAGAGGAGCUGACAGGCCACGAAAGCUGCUGGUGUUCGUCAACCCUUUUGGGGGUAGGAAACGAGCGCCUGUCAUCUACCAGCGCAAGGUGGCACCCAUAUUCCAAUUGGCAGGCAUCUCUGUGGAAUUAAUCACAACAAGGUAUGCGGGUCAUGCCAAGGAAUGCCUUCUUGAAAUGGACCUUUCUCUUUUUGAUGGCGUCGUGUGCGUGGGCGGUGAUGGUAUGGUCAACGAGAUUGUCAACGGCGUGUUGCUGAGGGCACAGCGUGACGCCGGGGUUGACGCGAACGACCCAAACUCACGGCUUCAGCCGGGGACGAUAAAGAUCGGCGUGAUCCCUGCUGGCUCCACAGAUGCGCUGGUUUGCACCACGACGGGAGAAAACAGCCCCGUGACUUCGGCACUGCUUAUAGCAAUGGGUGCUGAAAUAGGUGUCGACGUUGCGAGCAUCCACAGCGGUGAACGCCUGGUGCGGUACUCCUCGGGAUUCCUUUCUUACGGCUUCUUUGGAGACAACAUCAAGGCUAGCGAAAAGUUUCGCUGGAUGGGACCAUUGCGAUAUAACUGGACUGGCUGGCAGACCUUUCUGAAGCACCAUGUCUACGAAGGGGAACUGAAGUUGCGCGUGCAGCCAGAGACGACUGAUGCCAAUUAUGACCCGGCGGGCACUGACCGAUGUCGAGCAGGAUGUGAAGUAUGCCAUACAGCACCUGGUGACAUCCCACUCCAAAUUCUCAAUACUUCAGAUGGCAAUCUGGAAAAUAAGCCCUAUUGGUUAGGCAUUCAGGGCCACUUCCUGUCCGUGAGCUGUGCUCUCAUGGCCAACCGGUGCGCACGUAGCACAGCGGGCGUGGCUCCCACAGCUCACCUCGGCAAUGGUCUCAUGGAUGUCGUCCUGGUCUCACAGUGCUCACGACGCAAUUUCCUAAGGUUUCUGGUCGCUCUGGCCAAUUCCGAAACGUGCAGCCCCUUCAAGUUUCCCUUCGUUCACUGCUUCCGAACAAGUUGCUUCGAGUUUGUGCCCAAAACGCCAGACUCUAGCGACGAGGGCACAGUCAAGCACACUGGCUCCUGGCAGUGUGAUGGGGAACUGCUCACAGAAGCUUCAUUGCUCGUUAGGUCUCACCGCCAGUUGCUCAAGCUGUAUGCGCAUGGCAUCGAGGAGCGGGACGAAUACCGGUCGGACCGUUGCUUCUGUUCCUGCUAGUAACGCGAGCAGACUGAAGUGGCACGCUGUGGCCGCGGCUGAUCUCCAAGCCGGUGUGCUCCGCGAGCAACCACCCGACUUUUGCGUCUUUUAUUGUCUGUUCCCGACAAGGCGCAGUCUUGUUUUUCGCGCGUCCCUCCUUUGCAUCGCCUGUCUGAGUGCUCGUGCAUCUUCAUUCCUGUGUUGAAGCCACCCCUGGGUACAUGAUGACAAGUCUGAACUGUGCCGUAUGACUUGAACGCCACGUUUCUGUGACCCACGUGAUACGACAUGUUUUGAUUGCUGCAGUGCACAGGCCCAUUUCGCAACGUGGGAUCUGCACCUUCCCUUGGAAUGAGACACAAUUGCUUUGUUGAAAAAUUUUUGUGAGGUGUUGAUAUAAUUCCUGGUCACCACUUGUUCCCGGUCACCACCCACCAGGUAGUGUGCAAGACACCAGCAUUUUGUUGUUUUGGACUUCAUAACUUGCUUGCGAAGAGCUAUUCUUUGAAUGUCAUGUUAUCUUCCGUCGAGCUGCUUUUGUUGGUAAUUUUAUGGGAACAGUGUAUGGUGGUUAUGAGCUGGCCUCAAUGCUUUAGUUAUCCAGAUUUAAUCAUUCAGAUUAGAACUCGAUAGAUAGAGCCACCUAGCUGUCAAACAGCAGAAAAUAGUAUUGUUAGUCAUACUAGUGCCCUUUACAUUCUACAGGUACCAAACAUAGUCUCAGCAGUUUUAACGGUAUGUUAGAAGCAUACCAUAGCGCUUGACGGCACACCUCACGUCCCCGUUAACCUGUCCCUGUUGUAGGAGAUUGGCAUGUGCCAAGCGUACGUACGAUGCAGUUCCCCCUCCCCGAAAGAUCUCCAAGCAAACGGCAUGUCAAAUGUGUGGCACCUUUUCGUCGAGACAUUCCAGAGUGCAAUCUUUUCGGUCGUCGAUGCCAGCGGGACAAAAGAAGCGCUCAGACAGAGAGAGGUACAAAAUGUGGUUGCUCCGAGCGAUAUCGCGACGUGUGGACUUUCGCCAUUUGGCUCAUGAAGCUUGUUCUUGUUACCACAUGAAUCACUUCCAUAACGCUGUUAAUUAUUGCUGUCUACGUUUUCUUUUCGUAAAUGACCAUCGUAAAAGCGCAGUGUUCUGCAUUUUCUCGAGAUUAUAUGACCAGCAGUAGAAAUUCGGCCCAUAUCUCUAACAUCUUACUUAUAUGCAAUAACCUUUGGUGAUACGGCAAACUUGUGAUUGCAAACGAGCAGGUAUUUGCGAUCAUUUCCAUUUAGGUGACCGCGUUUCGGUGCAGCCCUUACCUGGCUAAACAAUUACCCAUGCAGACAUACAGUUUGGCCUAUAUGCUAUUCCUGAAGAUACCACAUUAUCGGCUAACAUGUGUCGCGCGGUUUUCGUGUACAACAGCUUUUUCUUCAGGGUUUGCUUAGCCUAGUCCCGAUAUAUUGGUCGCACAAAUUUUUUUUGGACUGGGUUACCGAGGUUAUAUGCAAAUGCACACAGUGGCUUGUUGCCAUCAGAGACUGUGAUAACUAUACAUGAGAGACGUGAACAUGUGAUAAUCCUUUUUCCAGCUGCGUCCACAACAAGGCAACCUUUUCUACUGUAUGCGAUGGUUUUGUCAUUUACGGGCCACCGGAUCACGUCUUGUGUUGUGCCAGUAUGAGUUCUCGCUGUUCUGUAAACGUUUUAAGGAAGGAGUGCAAGAUUUGCUCUGACUGAGUAGUUGUUGGGCAGCCACAUCUCGUUGGUGUUUCUGAAUGUAAAAAAAAAUCGUGAUGUUGCCAUGUUUGCCUUUUUGUACAGACGUGUAUAUUGUCGUUUAUGUUGAAACUGGCCCACUCGCACGAGGGGCUGCGUCGUAUGCAGUUGCACCUAUGAGAAGGUGCGAAACUGCGCAAUAAAGAUAUACAAACCCA